UCUUUGUCUUCUCUGGCUUGCGAGACGCUAACGUUAGCUGUUUUACCAUCAAACAGCUGCGCUGCAUCAAUCUGUAUAAGCCCUACGCUCUCCCUCACUCUGUUUUACUCCCCCUCCCCACCCUCACUCUCUCUCUCCCUCUCUCUCUCUAACACACACACACAUACACCCUCAACAUCGCAGCAAAUUGUGUCCUGCAAGAGCUGGCACCAAACUGACGCAUCCAUGGAGCGCUCCUUCCGCUUUCGACUUUCAUACUGCACAGCGUUAGGAUUUAAAGUAAUAUAGGGACAAACCCUACAGAAGCACACAAUUGCACAUUGUUUACGUAUUUGACGUGAGGAUAUUACAUCAAUUCCGUUUUGAAACUUUUCGAACCGUCCGUCCGUCCCCACGCUCCCCUCACAUCCAUUCCCCCUGUCAUUCUUCUCCCUUUAAGAUUGCUAUCGCUAACUGAAAUCUUCCUCUAUGGAUGGGAUUGAAGCCGGGAGGAUGUCUCCCACUUUCCGAGCCCGGAGUCGGCCGCUGCAAGUGAUGCUAAACCAGAGGAAGAUCAAAGCGAAGAGGAAAAAGCGAAAGGAGUUGCUUUGGGGGCAACUGAGCUUCCUGGGGGUCUUGUUCAUUGUGAUGUCGGGAUUUUCCUGUCUGGCCAAAAAUUCAGGUUACAGCGCAUCCAGCUACAGCGCUGAGGACGACACCAGGUGGGGCAGCCGGAGGCUGCUGUUUGAUCCAGACAAGAACGAAACGAGGAAGAACUGCACUGAACCAGCUCUGAACGAGUUCCCGACGGACAUCUUCUCUCACGAGGAACGGGCGGAAGGAGCGGUGGCCUUGCACGUACUGUGUACAGUAUACAUGUUCUAUGCCCUGGCUCUGGUCUGUGAUGACUACUUUGUUCCCUCUCUGGAAAAGAUCUGUGAGCGCCUGGACCUCAGCGAGGACGUCGCCGGGGCAACCUUCAUGGCGGCCGGCAGUUCCGCCCCUGAGCUCUUCACCUCUAUCAUAGGAGUGUUCGUUACCAAGGGCGACGUGGGGGUGGGCACCAUCGUGGGCUCGGCGGUCUUCAACAUCCUCUGCAUCAUCGGCGUCUGCGGAAUCUUUGCCGGCCAGGCCGUGCGGCUCUCCUGCUGGGCUGUCCUCAGGGACUCCCUGUACUACAUCCUGUCCGUGGCUGCGCUCAUCGUGUUUAUCUAUGAUGAGAAAGUCUCUUGGUGGGAGUCUCUUGUCUUGAUUCUGAUGUACCUGGUUUACAUUCUCAUAAUGAAGAUCAACACGCCUCUGCUGCGCUACUUUGAGAGCAGGAAGAAGAGCUCAGUGAAUCUGGCAAACGGCACGACGAGCAACGCUGACAUGGACGACAACUGCGACGCCACCAUGGUGCUGCUCAAGAAAGCAACGUUCCACCACAAGCCGUCGGUGCUGAUGGUGGACGAGCUGCUCUCGGCCUACCCGCACCAGCUGUCCUUCUCCGAGGCCGGGAUGCGCAUCAUGAUCACCAGCCACUUCUCCCCUCGAACCCGGCUCACCAUGGCCUCCCGCAUGCUCAUCACCGAGAGGCAGCGUCUGAUUAACAGCAAGUCCUUCGUCAACGGAGACCCCGAGGUGACGGUGCGCAUCCCGGGCCGGAGGGGCCUGGAGAACGGGCUGGGCGGGGCCGAGCGGGGGCUGAACGGGCGCCGGGGCCACCGCGGCGAGGACGACGGGUGGGGGAUCGACACCGGGAACGAGACGGAGAACGAGAACGAGGACGAGAACAACGGGAAUGAGAAGGAGGAGGAGGAGGAGGAAGAGCGCGGGGGACCGUUUGUGCCCUUUCGCGCCCCAGCUGGGCUGUGUAACAGGCUGAAGUGGCUGCUGGCCUGGCCGCUGUGCCUGCUGCUGUACUGCACCGUGCCGGACUGCAGCCGCCCGCCCUGGGAGCGCUGGUUCAUGGCCAGCUUCUUCAGCUCCACCCUCUGGAUCGCCGGCCUCUCCUACAUCAUGGUGUGGAUGGUGACAGUGAUCGGGUACACGCUGGGCAUCCCCGAUGUCAUCAUGGGCAUCACCUUCCUGGCAGCUGGCACCAGCGUCCCCGACUGCAUGGCCAGCCUCAUCGUGGCGCGGCAAGGCAUGGGCGACAUGGCCGUCUCCAACUCCAUCGGGAGCAAUGUGUUCGACAUCCUGGUGGGCCUGGGCCUGCCGUGGGUGAUCCAGACCCUGGCCAUCGACUACGGCUCUUACGUUCAUCUGAACAGCAAGGGGCUCAUCUUCUCUGUGGGGCUCCUGCUGGCCUCAGUAUUCCUCACAAUCCUGGGUGUGCACUUGAAUAAAUGGACUCUGGACCGGAGGCUGGGCCUGGUGUGUCUGCUCAUGUAUGCCGUGUUCCUCUGCAUCUCCAUUCUCAUAGAGUUCAACGUUUUCACCUUCGUCAAUCUGCCCACCUGUCGCCACGACUGAAGCCCCUCCCCCUGGUCCGCUGACUGGCCCCUCCCACUCUCAGCGGGGGGCGGCCCCCUGCAUCCCCUGCCCCCUCUUCACUUUUCCGUGCAGACGAUUGCUUUUCCUUGUCAUUGGUGCAAUAUGGACAGAGCGAGCGACAGAGACACAUGUAUUUUUGUCAACUACUGCCUGCUGUGAUGUGGAACAAGAAGAACCUUUUUGAAUUUUGUAUGGUUGAAUCGAAACUGGAUUAUAAUUAUGAAUAAUAUCACUAUUAUAUUUUACAAGGAGAUUUAUUUUACUAGCUGCUAAUUGACUAAGACAAAGCUGGACUGAUGAGAAUGCUAUUAUUAUUAUUAUUAUUAUUAUUAUUAUUAUUACUGUUGUUGUUAUUAUGCAAAUGAUUAUUAUUAAGGGUAUUGACAUUUUGAUUAGAGAGAGAGAGAGUGCACAGGACAUGCCUACAGAAACACUGGGGAAAAGCACAGCUGCCCACCUGAAGUGGACCUGAGUGGGCUCUCUCUCCCCCACCUGUCCCUUUGUGUGCUGUCUGAGUGGGAACAAACUUUUUUUAAAAAGCAUAUUUUGAAGUCAGAGGGUGUUGGGUUUCCCUCUGUGUCGGAGACAAGCGGAGACAUUCCUCUCUCCGACAUCAGGACUGCACCGUGUGCUAGCUGUUCGCUGGUGUGUUUCGUUCUUCUGUACUUUGUGAAGCAAAGACUCAAUCCUAUUUAUUAAUUUAUUGAAAGUUAUUUAUGUGCAUAUGAUGUAUAUUUUUGCCAUAAAGAAGAAAAAAACAACUAAUCUACCCACAGCUGUCCCAAAGAGGAGAUCACCCUGGAUAUAGUCCAGCAUCGUCACUUUAUCGCACAAAACUUCUCAUUCAACUCGUCCAUCUUCUUUUUCUGACAGUAAGAGUCACAUCUGCAUCCGUGCUGUGUUCCUCCAAGAGAUCACUCUGAAAAUGUUCUGUUUCUCACACAUAAAUGCAGUGGUGACAAGCCACGUCUUUUUAACAGUGUUUUCAGUGUUCACACUUUAAAAUGAAGAAUACCACACGCGUGUUAAAUUGACUGAACCUCUUUUCUUUCUCGUACGAAGGUUUUAGUCAUGUUUUCUGAGGUUAAGGUUAGUUCCUUUAGAAGAAUACGCCCUAGUGGCUGAUUAUCAGAAUUUGGCUCUGGUAAUAUGAAGCUCAUCUCAAUGUGACGAAACUGAAUUAGUCUUAUUUUGACUCAUUCUUCUAGUAAACAUGUUCUGUGCAGAAUUUGAAUACGUCAGUAGGUAAGGCCUAGUGUUAUUGUUCAUAUUGUACAGGUGGAUAUUCAGUAAUUUAAUAGAUCCUCGUGUUUUGAAUUUGUUAAUAACAGAUUGAUUAUUUGUAUUUUGUAAUGCAGAAUGUUCAGAGUGACCAUGGGCUGCACAUUCAAACUUUCUGCUUGUCUGUAGGUUUGGUUUCGUUAUGGUCGUAGUCCAAAGUUUCUUCCCCAAAGACCCAUUGUGGCACGACACAUUUUCAAAUAUUUUGUGAACAGCUACUACCCCCCCCCCACACACACACACACACACACACACACGUACAUAAUUUUUUUUCCCUCUUUGUCUUUGAUACACACAAAAGAGUGUGUUUUGCAAGUACAACCAUGAGUGUCCACAUUUUGCUGCGAUGGUGAAAUGCAGACUUGGUGAUGUUCAUAAUCUGGCCUUCACUUAAAAUAAUAAAGAGAUGCUGUUGAAUGGGAAGCCGGUAACACUUGAUACUGAUAAGUUUUCAUAUUGUGGCAAGGCAGGCUUUUGAAAAAUAACUGAAGAUAUUUUGUAUACCAUAUUCAUUCAUAAUCAACUAAACACAAUUAAAUCUUCAAUUACAGGCAUGGCUGUUUAAGUGCUUUAUGGACAUUUAGGCCACCUCUCUGAUUGCUGGAAUUUUUACUGUCCUGUAUUUUUUCCGUAAUCAUUGUGGUACAGUCCUCAUUUCAAUGAUUGAUUUAAUCACUUUUGUGGCAGGGGGUGUAAUGCACAAUAUUAUUCUUUUUGUUAUAGGGUGAUAAAAAACAUUAACUGAUUUUGCAUUUUGUGACCAAUGCACCUGCAAUUUAGGCACCUACUAUUUUGCCACUUUUGAACUAAUAGUUGCCUCAUGUUGCUUUGGAAACUUACAUAUCAAAGUGCUGAUUGUCAGCCCUUUUUUUAGUUCAAUGAUACUUUCAUUGAAUUUGCUAUGAAUUACCUGUGUAGCUGUACUUGUGACUUAGUUACUGAAGAGUUAAACUACUUUUUCAUGUUGUGUUUCUUUUACUUUUUCCAACCUCUGUAUUCAGAGGGCACCUUGCAGUUGUUUAUAGCACUAAUGGCUGCCUACCAAUAGAGGGCGCUGUAGGGCAGAGUGUAAGCUAGUCACCAUAUUCUCUUGUCUUGUAAUUGUAAGAACAACCUUUGAUCUUUGAAUACUUAACCGAAGCUAGGUUCUCAUUUUAUUGCUCAAGCCUAUGUGCGGUACUUCUGAAAAAUAAGCCUCAAGACCACAUUAUCUAUUAUUGUUGUUACUGCUUUUGAUAGUCUGUACAGUUGUACACAAAGUAUUGUCACACAUAACCAAAUGUGAGCAAACAAAAAAUUAGAAAUAUUUUUUAGUUGGAGAAAAGUGCAUCAUACUGUUACAAGCAGUACAGUAUAAAUUCAAAAUAAAAUAAAUUAGUACAUAUUAAAUUCCUCAAAAAUCAACUUGAUUGUACAAUUUCUAGAAAUGUUUCUAGAGUAUGUUCAGAUACUGUUGUAUGCAGCUGUACAUAUGAUUGGUUGUAAAUAUAUAUUCUUGCAUUUUCACAGGACUCAACACAGCCUACACGAUAAGGUACUAUUAUUUGCUUGAAAUUAUUCAGUAACUCUCAGUUGUUUUCUACGGGAUUGCUGUCUAGUGCAAAACAUUUAAUAUAAUUUGUGAUAUUCACAGGGUGAUGUGUUGCUUCUGUACAUAAAUAUAUAUAAAUAUACAUUAUACAUUUAUUUAUAUAUUUUGUUGUAAUCUGUAUAUCUGUUGGUUAUAAUUGGGGUACAUUUAUCCAAAAUCCUUUUUUUCCUCACAGUGUUUUGUUGCGUUGAGAUUGUGAUGAAAUCACCUCACAAAGUAAUUUGCAGUUGACUCGCAUGGAGAUAAUUAUGUCAUUUUUAGUUAGUAAUGACUGUACCUAUUAUGGCUGAUAGUGUACAGGUCCAGGACACAGAUUUGCUGAACUGCAUGUGAUAGGUUUGGUUUGGUCGCUGCGCCCUUGGGGAUAUACAUGGUGAAAACAUGAGUUUUCCCAUCAGCAGCCGUUUCUAGAACGUUCACUGGAUUAAUGGAACAGAGUUUACUUUUGUGUACCAGACAGUUAUAUUCAGAUGUUUGUAUAUUUGAAUUUUUGCUACUCAAGCACAAAUAAAGCAACCCUUUUUAAAGGUCA